GCUGCAGAAGCUGAUCCUGAUCCUCGCUACAAACAGCAGCGAACAUCCUCAACGGCUAUGCUGGAGUUUUAAAAAACGGAUGCUCCCUUUUCCUGCCAAGGAAUCAGCUGUCUCUGUGCCUGAUCAGUUGGAGAAGCUCAAUGGCAGCGUUCUGCAGCAGAAACUCUUGUAAAUCUUCAGACUUGGAGAACAUGGUGUGCAUGCUCAGUUUGGCUGAGGAAGUAGAAAAUCCAUCAGUUAUGAAAGACCACAGCAGGACUGAAGAUGGUGAAGCUAUCCAUUUGAAGGUCUCCGGGCAUCAGACGGCACUUCACCGCAGUGCCAUGGUGGGGAACAGUGAGACCAUGGCUGCCCUGAUAGCUGGAGGCUGUGCUGUGGACCUGCAGAACCCGCUUGGAAACACAGCGCUUCAUGAGGUGUCCUGGCAUGGAUUCACACAGUGUGUCAAACUGCUCGUUAAGGCCGGAGCUGACGUGCACGUCAAGAACAAGGCUGGAAACACGGCGCUUCACCUGGCCUGUCAGAACGCACACGCUCCGACUGCUCAGCUCCUGCUGCUCGGAGCUUCGAAUCCCAACACCAAGAACAAGGUGGGUGAUACCUGUCUGCAUAUGGCGGCUUGUUACAACAACCUGAACCUGCUAAAGAUUCUGCUGAGGUCACAGUGUUGCUUGAAUGAGACCAACCAGGCUGGAGACACAGCUAUGCACGUUGCUGCAGCUCUGAACCACAGUAAAGCUGUGCAGCUUUUACUGUCAGCAGGUCUCAAUGUGAGAGUCCGGAACAAAGCAGGAAAAACAGCUCUGGAUAAAGCCAGAGAGCACGAGAGCAAACAUGUGGUUCUCCUGCUCUCCAAAAAUCCUCAGGUACGUUACAUGAGAAGAAAGACAAUGAAGAGACCCAGACUGAGAGCUCCAACACGACCUGCCAAAGACAGCAGCUGUGGGAUGGAGCAAACUGAGCCAGGACCAGACAGUAAGGAUCUGGAUAAAGACGAUCUCACUUCAGGAAGGAAACAAAAUAAAAUGCAGAAGAAUGAGCUCUGGGAUGAAGGUGGAAAACCUUGUCAGCUUUAUACUCUGUAUAGAGACGGGGAGGGCAGAGUUCGACAGGCUCCUGCCAGAAGCUGCCUCUGUGAGUCUCUCCUGAAGAAGCUGCGAGAUAAUCUGAAGACAACAGAGGUGGACCUGAGACUGCAUAUCCUGACUGUCCAGGAGGAGCUCUGCAGACAGAUGGACAGGAUGGAGCGCCGUAACAAACACCAGCUCAGGAUGUUGGACAUGUUAAUCCAGGAGAAAGCAGCAUCUGAGAGGAGGAGCAUUACAUCCAGGAUGGAGCAAAGAGCAGCACAGGCGCAAGCAGAAGGUCUGAGGAACCAGGCUGCUCUGAGACACGAGCUGAAGACCUGGUGUUUGUCUCUGCUGGAGUACAUGAACAUCUCAGUGCCAGCUGAGACCCAGUACCAGAACCUGCUGUUAUCUCCAUCUGCAGCAGAAACAGACCCGGAGUUGGUGCCACUUUUGUUUUCUGGAGACAGCAGCCCUACUGCGUCAACAACCACCCUGAGACCCAGAUGUUCGGAGAGUUCGAAGUCAGCUGAGCAGACCAGGAGCAGGACCUACUUUGAGAUGAAGAUGGACAAGUGUGCAGAAACAGUUCAGAUCCAGAACCUACAAAGCUCAUCAGACCUCCCCACAGUCUCUGCUGCCCCCUCCUGGCACUUUGCAGUACUGCAAAACCAUCUUGAUUCUGCAGAUUACAAGGAGGAACCCUCCAGCAGCAACAUGUCCAGCACCGGCCCCCAGGAAGAGGUCCGGGGCCCCACAAAUGACAACAUGAUUCUGGAGUUCCUGGUGGACAGACCUGCUGAGCCCACAUUUAUCCAGGAGAGGAAACACCUGCACGCCAUGGAGGUGACUCAGAGGUUCUUUGAUGCCGUGUCAGCUCAGAUGGAGCGCUGGUGUUCCAGGAAGAUCCUGGAGGUGGAGUGGCAGUCAGAGGUCAUCGCCCGGGCGGAGAGGAAAGAGAUGCUGCAGCGAAUCAGAGAGCUGGAGGAGGAGAUUCACAGGCUCCAGACCAAUGAGGGGAAAGAGAGCUUUUUGAGACAGAACAAACCAGCUUGUGGAUUAAGUCCCGUAGGUACAGAAGGUCUGCCAUAGGUUUAAAAUGAGCAGUGUAAUUUCAGUUAUUGUUUGUAUUGUCAGGAGAAUCAGUUUAGACUAAAAGCUGAUCCUCGUGGAUCUCACUUGACCUCCAGUUUAUGAGAUUUUAAUACUGUGACAAACACUCCAGACUCUGUAAAAUCUUUCGUUCACCUAGAUGGCUCCCCAUAAAUUUGGGACCUGACCUCAUCUUAAAAUUUCUGGAUAAAAUUCCUUCUGAUCCACUCUGUCAGGUACCACAGACAGUCUACAGAAACCGGUUCCAGUGUCGCUGCAGAUUCUGUGUUUUUCGGAUAAGCAGAACCUCUGAGUGUUGUGUAAAAAAUAAGAACGUUUAAUUGUAGCCUGAUGUAGAGCCUACAGCUGAAGAUUUGAUGAUAAAUGCUCUCCUCCUUGUGAUGAUGACUGUUAUGUGAGACAAGUGUGGAGUAAUAAGAUGCUGUACUCUAUUUAAUGUUGAUUUGUAGGUUAUUAUCUUUGCAGAAACACAGGGCAGAAAAUAAAGGUCAUUUUCCAGUAACUGUAUUUUCUGCAGAAUGACAGAGCUCUGCUUAAUGCAUAAAUUAAAACUACAGUAAAAAGAAAAGGCUAAAUAUUUGUCCCUGGUGAUGGAUUCAGGGACUCAGUGUUAAAGUUUAAUCUGUACCAGCAUCAGAUUUUGCAUCUUCUAACUCUACAAAUUCAUCCUGACAAAUCACUGUCUCUGCUUCUGCUGCAGUUAUUGGGUCAUUUCCUCUCAUGUUACACUAGAUGUUUUUCAUGGGGUUUUUUCCAGAUCAAAACUGAUUCACAACCAUCGUCGCGUCAUUGAUUUUUCUGUGGAGAAAACUGAGAGCAGCAGAAACCUGAUCUGAUCUGAAAAGUGAAGGGUUGAGAAGCCUCAGCCGCUGAAGACCUUUUUCACAGAGGAUCAGACAUGCCCCCUGCUGUACAGGUUAAACACUGCAUUAUUCAAUCCAUCAUCAGAAAAUGAGUAUAUCAAAAACAUACCAAUACAUGGCCCUCGUUCUAAAUGGGUCAAGAAAGGAGUUAUUAUUUUUGAGUUAUAACAUUAAUCAGUCGCCAAGCAGCUAAUGGUAACUCUAGAGGAGCCGUACUUUAACCUUUUUUGUAAAAGUGGCAAUAAGAAAGUUGUUUGCUAAAAGAAACACAUAGGGUCAUGUAAAGGUGCCAUGAAAGGUGCUCUGGUCUGAAAAGGUAAAAGUUUAAUCUUUUGGCUUACUUGCAAUCGCUGCAUGAUGCAGAAAUCUAACAUUGCACAUCAUCCUGGACACACCAUCUCCAUGGUGAUACAUGGUGGUGGCAGCAUCAUGCUGGGGGUAUUCUGAUGAGAAGAUUGAUAGAGCUGUCCCAGAAAAAUAAAUUGCAGCGAAUGGUGAUUCUGUAAAAUAUUGACACAGCUGAAUACAUCAAUUUCCACACCUGUUUUUCUCCAGGCGUCGAUUAAUAAAACAAAUAUGUUCCUUGGCCAAAACCUA